CGCGCGAUACACGUUGCGUGCUCGGGAUAGCAAUUGCGUGAUCCUCCCCCACCUCAAUGUCUCACAAUGAACCAGCGCAACCACAGCGAAAUGGGGAUAUAUCUUCAGCAGACCCCGCCAUCGCGAUUUUGGUCCUAGCCUCCUCACCAGCACACAUUCCUAUACAACAGCACCCUUUGUUCACCUCUCAAUCAUGUCGGCCACGGAAUCGGCAAAGUUCGUCUCACCGCAAAAGAAGUCCGGCGCAUUGGACGCAAAGUUCGAAUAUGAAGAAGCCACACCCGUGAUUGGCCGAGAGUACCCAAAGGUAAACAUUGUCGAUGAUAUUCUCAAUGCAUCCAACGCCGACGAAUUGAUCCGCGAUCUUGCCAUCACAAUCUCGGAACGCGGUGUUGUCUUCUUCCGCGCACAGAAUAAUCUCACCGACGAUUUGCAAAAAAAGCUCGUUCACCGUCUCGGCCAACUGACCGGCAAACCAGCCGACUCAACGCUGCAUAUCCAUCCCAUGCUCAAUAACUCGUCUGAGUUCGGCGUGGACGAUGCUGAAAUAAGCAAGAUCAGUUCUGUGACUCGCAAGAAGAUCUUCGGCCACGAGAACAAAGGUCGACAGGGUGGCAACCGCCGCUACGAUGCCGCUCAAUGGCACUCCGACAUUCAGUUCGAACCUGUCCCCGCUGACUACACCUCUCUACGAAUAUUACAGUUGCCCGAAACUGGGGGCGAUACGCUCUGGGCUUCCGGCUACGAGGUCUACGAUCGCUUCUCAAAGGCGUAUCAAAAGUUUUUCGAAGGACUGACUGCGACCUUCGUAGGAGAUGGGUUCAUUCGGGCAGCUGAAGCUAACCCAGAAAAGAUCAAACUGUACGAGAAGGAGCGUGGCAGCCUAAAAAAUGUCGGCAAAUCGCUGAGUGCUGUACAUCCCGUUGUGCGCACGAACCCCGUUACGGGGUGGAAGAGCAUCUUCGCGCUUGGACCGUUCCCAAAGUACAUCAAUGAGUUGAACGAUGAGGAAAGCAGUGAGUUGUUGAAGAAGUUCCGAUCUGUGAUUACGGAAAACCAUGAUUUGCAGGUGAGGUUCAAGUGGAGGAAUGAGAACGACCUUGCUAUCUGGGACAACCGCAGCGCGUUUCACAGCGCCACCUUCGACUACGAUGGUCUUGGUGAGCGCUUCGGUAAUCGUGCCGUGGGGAUAGGAGAGGCGCCAUACCUCGAUCCAAGCAGUCGAUCGAGGACAGAGGCAUUGGCUGAUGAGAGGAAAAUUGUCGUUGACGGGCACUCCAAGAACGGCAUUGAUAGGUCGGAGACGGUAACAGCCUAGAGCAAGGCCACAUCGUAGCGUCUUCCUUCUCGACGUGUCUCAUGUAUUGGUGCUGUGCAAUAUUAGUAGCCUUGACUGUGCAGUUUAAGAUUUACAUACCCAAC